UGGACUGCAACAUAGUCAAAGAGUGGAAGGGAAGAGGGUGAAAGUGCCACUGGAGAUAAUUGAUUAGCCACCAAUCAAUGAUAACUUGUUAGUAAUCCUCAGCUCUUUGGACUUCGCCAUUUUCAGGGAGGCACCUCACUCCUGCGGAUCGAGACUUUGAGCGCAUCCCAUUUCGGAAUAACCCUUCCUUUUCUUUUUUUCUUUUUUUAUUCUUCUUCUUUUACUCUACAUCCGCAGUGUUAUGCGACUUUUCUCCACACAUCUUCGAUUUUAUUUUGGUCAACUAUAAAAUCUCAAGCAACUAAACUCUUUCUCCAGCCCAUAAUGACAUCCAAAGAGGUCGCCAAAUGCGACGCGGCGGAGAACAGGAGGCGCAGCCCGCUGGACCACUUGCCGCCUCCUGCCAACUCCAACAAGCCACUGACGCCCUUCAGCAUUGACGACAUCCUAAACAAGCCGUCCGUGAAGCGGAGCUACGCCAUCUGCGGCACGGCUCAUCUCAUCUCGUCCUCCGAGAAGCACCGUCCGUCCAGCCUGCCGCUGUCCAGCCGCGCGCUGCUCACACAAACCUCUCCUCUCUGCGCGCUGGAGGAGCUGGCCAGCAAGACCUUCAAAGGGCUGGAAGUCAGCGUGCUGCAGGCUGCGGAAGGCCGGGACGGGAUGACCCUGUUCGGCCAGAGGAGCACGCCGAAGAAGCGUCGGAAGUCCCGGACGGCCUUCACCAACCACCAGAUCUACGAGCUGGAGAAGCGCUUCCUGUACCAGAAGUACCUGUCUCCCGCAGACCGGGACCAGAUCGCGCAGCAGCUGGGCCUGACGAACGCGCAGGUCAUCACGUGGUUCCAGAACCGCAGGGCCAAGCUAAAGCGGGACCUGGAGGAGAUGAAGGCCGACGUGGAGUCGGCCAAGGCCAUCGGCCAGGUGCCGCUGGACAAGCUGGCCAAGCUGGCCGACCUGGAGAAGUGCGCCAACGGCACGCUGGGCCACCCGCGCGCCGAGUCGCCCUCGCGGGGCUCGGGCCCGCAGGACCACCAGCACGAGCUGGUUCAGAAACUGCGCAGCUCUCCGCUGUCCCCCUUCUCGGACCACACAACGAGCAAGGAGUGCUCGGAGGACGAGGACGUUGAAAUAGACGUGGAUGACUGAUGGCUCUCUCUCACACACACACACUCACACACAGAGACAGACACUGAGAAGGAUGAUGGCGAUGAUCCUGCAGAGAGGACUUGUAAACUUACCGCUUAUAUGAGAACAUGUACCAAAACGGAAUGACUUUUUUUUUUUCUAUCGGCACAGAUUCACAGUAAAGCAUGAGCGCAGAACUACGAAUAUGCAGUGAUGUAUUCAUUAGCGAACUGUUAUUGUUUCCAUCAAAGCAAUAUGGCCUAAAAAUAACUUAUUAUAUUUUUUUACAGUAUACAGCAACGACACACGCAUGCACACACACACUCUCACUCACACACACACACACUCACACACUCUCUCUCUCUCUCACACACACACCUGCUUUUUUGGCUUCAUAAAGCCCCCUCCACAAAGACACACUACUAUAAACCCACUCCUGUUUUCCAUAUGUUUGCAUGGAGAUGCAUGAUUUGAUUUGUAAACAUUAUAUAUUUAUUUGAUCCUUUUUAUCGGUAUCAUUUUAAUCCAAGAAGAGCCAAAUCCCCUUUCUGUCACUGCCGGCUCUCCUCCUCCACCUCCUCCUCCUCCUCCUCCCUGCCUCCGCUUUGACUGCAGCCUCUCACCAGGAGUCCCUAUGAAGGUGGUGAUGUUCGGCCGGAUAAACACUGCGGUGAUUUUUUUUCUCUCUCUCUCUCUCUCUCACCCGACAAGCUUUUAGAUUAUUGUUUGGAUACAAUAGAUUUACAGUUCUAUAAAUUUGUUAUGUUUUCUACACCUGUAAGUGCCUUCCUAAAAUCAGGACAUUAUCUGAAAAACCAAUGCACAGACUGUAUUGUACAUAGGCUACGAUGGGAAUAAACAAAAUGCUUUUCUGA